AUGGGAAACACGAUCAUGGGGGGGCUGAUCGGCGCGAGCUUCAAGACAGGGAGGCAACCCAUGGGGGGGGGGUGGGGGGGGGGGGGGGGGGGGGGGUGGGGGCAGCGGGGGGGGGGGCGGAAAGGGGGGGGAGGGGGAAACGGUUUAGAAGGGGUUGUUGUUUUUGGGGGGGGUGUAAAAGCGGGCUGGUCCACAGUCGACGCUACGGGAACAUGCUGCAUAAGUCUACGGUUCACAGUGGCGAACGUGUAG